CGUGGGGAAGUCAAGUCACUCGUCAUUCAACAUUAUCUGGAGGGGGUAUUCCCCUCUACUUUUCUUUCUUAUUCUCCUCAAUUUUGUCUGCUUGAGCCUGCGAUACACACAUUACAUUCACAAUGGCAGCUACAGUACAGUCUCUCUUUUCCCUGAGUGGCCGCACCGCCGUCGUCACCGGUGGCACGCGAGGCAUUGGCCAGGCCAUGGCCGUGGCUCUGGCCGAGGCCGGCGCCGAUAUCAUUCUGAUCCAGCGCGACGAGUCCAACACUGCCACCAAGGACGACAUCAUUAAUCGCCUCGGUCGUAAGGCGCAUAUUCACGUUGCCGAGCUAUCAAACCGCAAGGCCGUCAAGGAGAUCAUUCCUGCCCUUGUGAGCAAAGGCUUCAAGCCCGACAUCCUGUUGAACUGCGCUGGCAUUCAACGGCGGCACCCGAGCGAAAAGUUCCCCGAUGAGGACUGGGACGAGGUCCUCGAAGUCAACCUCUCUCAAGUCUUCAUCCUAUGCCGCGAGUUCGGCGCCUACCUGCUAGCCCGUGACGCUUCCGAGUUCCCAUCCGGCCGCCGGGGCUCCAUCAUCAACGUGGCUUCGCUCUUGACCUUCCAGGGUGGUAUCACCGUGCCCGCCUACGCCGCAUCCAAGGGCGGCGUGGGCCAACUCACCAAGGCUCUGUCCAACGAGUGGGUAGCCAAGGGAAUCAAUGUCAAUGCUAUUGCCCCUGGGUACAUUGCCACGGAUAUGAACACCGCAUUGAUCAAUGACGAGAACCGGAAUGCCGGUAUUAUGGCGCGGAUUCCAGCCGGUCGGUGGGGUCAACCGGAGGACUUUAAGGGCGUGGUGGUCUUCUUGGCUAGUGGCGCCAGUAGCUAUGUCUCUGGCGAGAUUAUUACUGUGGAUGGCGGAUGGAUGGGUCGGUGAAGAGGGGGUGGGGUGAUGUGAAAUAAUUUGACGGGCCUGGAAGUACCGAGGGAGACAGAAGCAGAGUGGCUUGGGAUUGUAUUGUACUUUGGAUAUUUUCUGGCAUUUUGGGCGGUUUUGUAUAUAGAGAUGGCUGCAUCGGAGGUUUUUGGAUAUCAUGCUCCGUAUCUGAAUUAUCCUUGGCAUUUGAAUUUUGAUCUGGGUUGGUAAGAGAUUAUGCAUGAACGCACGAG